AAUCGUUAUUGGUGUGAUGUUUCUGUGAGAAUCCUUUGGAGAAAUAUUUGGAAUUAUAGCAUUUCGAACUUUAGUACUUUAAUUGCUUGCCUUCCAAAUGAGUCAAAAGAAAUUUUAUAUAAUAAUGGAAUUAUUAUUUCAACUCCAACUUUAAAAACUCCCACUUUCAAUUAUGCAUCAUUUUGUAAAGUUCUAUCGGUUAAUCGAGCUCGUUACAAAAUUGAAAGGCUUCUUGUAAAUCAACAAAUUAUUUCACCACAAAGUCUUAAAAAUUGUACACUUAUAGUGGCGCAGGAAAUAUUUCAAAUGUUCAUGAAAGAAAUCCCUUCUUUAAGAAGCUUAACUUUUUAUUCAUAUCCAAAUAUGACUUUUAACCCAGUAUAUCUUAUUGGAGCAAAAGAUUGUUUAAAAAAUCUCACAGAAUUAUGCUGUGAUUCAGAUAAUUCUACCGAAUUAUUUCAUCAACUAUCUCAAACAUGUUAUAAUAUACAAACACUUACUAUAGGUUUUGAAAGAAUUAUUUCGAGUGGAAUAGCAGAUUUAAUUUCUGUUCAGAGAAAUUUGAAAUGGUUUAUUAUAAGGCUUUGUUAUGAUCUGACAGUUGAUGGAUUAUCGAUUUUUUCAUCAUUAAU